UUAAUUUCUCACAAUCCAUAACAUAGAGAUCAUAAAACAAAUAUACAGUGUCACUUCAUAAACAUGGCUUAUGUGAAAGGUGUUUUAGCCAUUGCUAUUUUCGUCGUGGCUUCUUGUGUUAUACAUGUCGAGAGUCGGGUCGCGAGGAAAGGCCUAGGCAUAAGCAUCGGUGAUGGCGGCGGAGUCGGUAUCGGUGCCGGAACAGGAAUCAGUGUGGGCAUAGGAGAUGGUAGUGCCUCCGGUUCUGGUUCGGGCUCAGGGUCUGCAUCCGGGUCUAGUUCUGGCUCUGGUUCCGGAGCUAGCUCAUCUGCCGGUUCGGGUGCUGGUUCAUCUGCUGGAUCAGGUGGAUCGUAUGCUGGGUCCGGUGCAGGGUCCGGCGUUGGUUCGGGCUCGGAACACGGUCAAGCGCACGGAUCGGGCCAAGGGCAAGGGUUAGGUUCGGGUUCAGGUUCGGGUUCAGGGCAUGGUGAAGGCUACGGAGAGGGUUAUGGCUCGGGUGAGGAUUCUGGGUCAGGUUCAGGUCAUGGUGAAGGAUACGGGGAAGGUUACGGGUCAGGGUCAGGGUCCGGGUCGGGUAACGGUUCUGGAUAUGGUUAUGGCGAAGGGCGCGGAUAUGGAUCUGGAAAUGGUAGUGGAAAUGGUAAAUACUAAAUAGAGGCCUAAGUUUACCAUCCUAGUUUUUGGGCCACCUCUAUGUACUUAUAAAUAAUGAGAUGGUGAAUAAAAAUAAAUAGUUAGUGAG